UGAGUGCCUUCAAAGCCUCGUCUUCAUAGUCUUCUCCUUUACAAUAAAAGCAAAAGCUCCCCUUUCAAUCCCCAUUCUCAAAGCAGAAAAUCAGCAUUCGGGAUUUCAGGUUAUCUAAUGUUGUGUGUGUCUCUCUCACCACUGGUUUAUGGGCCAAUCUGAUUUCUUGAAUUUGUUGUUCGCUGUCGGUGUUUGGUGUAUUGCAUAUGUUACUGUUGCAAUUCUUGCAUCAUUGCGGAUCUUCAUUUCCAUCUGUUCAUUCUGAGUUAGUGAAGCAGCUUGAUAAGUGCGAAAAGCUAUCAUGGGCUAUGCACAACUAGUAAUUGGUCCUGCAGGCAGUGGAAAGUCAACCUACUGCUCUAGCUUGUACCAGCAUUGUGAAACUCUUGGACGGUCAAUACAUAUUGUGAACCUAGAUCCUGCUGCUGAAAAUUUUGACUAUCCUGUAGCCAUGGAUAUAAGCAAGCUUAUUAGUUUGGAUGAUGUUAUGGAGGAGCUUGGAUUGGGUCCAAAUGGUGGCCUUAUAUACUGCAUGGAACAUCUCGAAGAAAACCUGGAUGAUUGGCUGACUGAAGAAUUGGAAAAUUACUUGGAUGAUGACUAUCUAGUAUUUGAUUGCCCUGGCCAGAUAGAACUCUUUUCACAUGUACCAGUGCUCCGUAACUUUGUGGAGCACUUGAAGCGCAAGAAUUUUAAUGUGUGUGCUGUGUACUUGCUUGAUUCACAGUUCAUCACGGAUGUUACCAAGUUCAUAAGUGGAUGCAUGGCAUCCCUUUCUGCAAUGGUCCAGCUUGAAUUACCACAUGUUAAUAUCCUGUCCAAAAUGGACCUUGUAACAAACAAGAGGGAUGUAGAAAACUACUUGGAUCCCGAGCCUCAUCUUCUGCUGUCGGAGUUGAAUGAACGGAUGGCUCCUCAGUUUAAAAAGCUAAAUAAAUCUUUGAUUGAGCUGGUGGAUGAAUAUAGCAUGGUGAGCUUUAUUCCACUUGACUUGAGGAAGGAAAGCAGCAUACAAUAUGUUUUGGCUCAAAUUGACAACUGCAUUCAGUAUGGUGAAGAUGCGGAUGUGAAGAUUAGAGAUUUUGAUCCAGACGAUGAUGAGUAAGGCAUUUUAAUACUUGGUUGCUGUGAAAAUGAUACGCAUGUUCCAAGUUUUCACUCUCUGUAGAUAACGAAAAGAUGGUGGAGAAUGUUAUGGCAAUCUUGAAUGUGCAAUUGGAUUAUUGGAUGAUCAAGUAUUGAACUGAUUUUUACCGAAGGCAAAUUAUGUUGGUCCUAUGAUUGCAUCAUAAUUCAGAUUUCUUCUUGUGCUAGUUUGAUCUCUCUUUUCAUCUUGAAUGUACCUGACUUAAAAGUAAAGGGAACUUGGUUUCUCAACAGCUGAUUGCAAGAAGUGAGCAACUAGGUUUCUCAAUAGAUGCAGCUGUAUUUCCUGAUUAGUUGGUUACUAGUAUUUUACUUGAAUGGAUUCAUAUUUUCG